UGAUUAAUCAACACAAAAUUUUAAAUAAACCAAUUUUAUUAAAAAAUGGAAGAACAAUCAAAAUUCAAAGUCUUAUUAACGAGUUUAGAGAUACCAAUGGAAGCUACAUCACAAUUAAAGCCUUUGUGUCAACUUAUUAUGUGUGAUCCAGCUCCAACAAGAGACAUAAUUUUAGAAAAGUGUCGUGGAGUUGAAGGAAUAAUAUGGGCUUGUCCCGAAGAGCUUGAUAAAACCAUCUUAGAUGCCACAGGGAAACAAUUAAAAAUAGUCUCCUGUUUAUCAAAUUCAGUCCGACAUGUAGCCGUUAAAGAAUUAAAGAGACGAGGUGUUAAAUUAACGAAUACUCCUAUUGUUGCCGCAGAUUCGAUCGCAAAUAUAAUUAUCUUUUUGAUGUUGAUGACAACGAGAAGAUUUUUAGAAUGCAAGAAAGCCAUCGAAAACAAUCAAUGGUUGUUUGGUUUCCAAUGGAUGUUGGGUAAAGAUAUCCAUGGCACAACAGUAGGAAUCGUUGGAUUCGAAUAUUUAGGAAAAAUUUUAAUUCGGAAACUCGCAGUUUUUGGAGUGGAAAAGUUCGUUUAUUACGGCCAAUGCAUUUGCAACGUUAGUAAUCAUAAAGAUAACAAGAUAAAAUGUUGCACUUUCGAGAUUUUGUUACAAAUAAGCGAUUUCGUCGUUAUUUGUUGUUUACCACCUCCGAUUAAUAAGAAGCAAACCAUCGUUUUCAACGAGCACGCUUUUUCCAUGAUGAAAAAAACCGCAAUUUUAAUCAAUGUCGCAGCCUCUAGCGUUGUUGAUUAUCAAGAUUUAGCGACCGCUCUUAAAAAUGGGACAAUUUUCGCUGCCGGGUUGGAUGUAACUGACCCCGAACCACUUCCAAGUGACCACGAAUUAUUAACUUUACCAAAUUGUGGUAAAAAAAUGGUUUAUUUUGAUUAUUCUAUUUUAAUCUUUGUGAUUUUAUUAGUUAUUACACCACAUAUUGGGAGUGCAACCGAAAAAACUAGGAUGUCAAUGGCUAAAUUAGCCGUUCAAAAUAUUCUUUUAGGUUUAAAUGAUUUACCUUUAUUAACACCGAUUUAAUUAUUAAAUUUUUAUUUUUUUAAUUGGAUAAAACACU